AUGGCUUCAGUUUCAAACACUCUGUCUCAAGGCUCUGAGGGCUACGACCAGCUUCGUCGCAAGUUCUUCAACACGCGAGUCCCUGAUGUCCACCCAGCCGAGAUAGCCAGUCCAACCACCACAUCAGAGGUUGUGGCCGCCGUCAAGAGGGCGCGGGAACAUGACUGGAAGAUUGGCAUCCGUUCCGGUGGCCACUUGUUCUUCUGUAACGCACUGCUCGAGGGCGGCCUCCUCAUCGACACGCGUAAUCUGAACCGAGAUAUUGAAUACGACCCGGCGACUAACACAGCUGCUAUAAGCCCUGGUCACAAAGUUGAAGAUGUGACCAAGUUCCUCGAACCCCGUGGUAGAUUCUUCCCGACUGGUCAUUCAAGAUCUGUCGCUGUUGGCGGCUUCUUGCUUGCUGGUGGCCAGGGAUGCUUCCUCCGCGGGUGGGGUUACACCGCCCCUACGUGGGUGACGCAGCUGGAAGUCGUCACCUCAGAGGGCAAGAUAGUCAUUGCUAGUAAGACCCAGAACUCCGACCUGUUCUGGGCAGCGCCAGGCAGCGGACAAGGCUUCUUUGGGGUCAUCACCCGAAUUUGGGUUAAGACAAUUCCGACAAGAAAGCUCUUCGACAUUACCAUGAUUGUUGAUUCCACCGAUAUCUUCAAGCCUCUCCUCAAGUGGACACUCGCAAUGUCCAGCAAAGUCCCCAAGUACGGCGUGGAUCUAUUCUACGCAACAUUUUACGCCGACAAGGACGACCCCAAUGGUGGCCACGAGUCCGCCGCAAAGCGUGUCUUUCUUGCUAUCAACUUGACCAUCUUUGCUGAUUCUCUGGAUGAGGCCAAGGUGUUGGCAAGUCCGCUAGACUCAUUCCCUGAGGAGUUUAAGAAGCACAUUGUUACUACAGUUCCAUUGAUGGAAAGGACCUGGGAAGAACUCUGGGGUCUUCAGGAAAGCUUUCAACCUCAGGGCAACGGCGAAAGAUGGAAUGUUGACAGCAUUCUGGUCGAUCCCAAAGCUUCUGACGACGAGGCAAGUUACUCAGUUAUCGAUGCCAUCACCCCGGCCUUGUUCAACUUACCCUCCCGUCUGUCCUCAGGCACAUUGUGCCCCAUAGACUACUACCCCAAUGAGGCUGAUCAGGCUCUGAGUCUACCUCAGAAGACUUAUGUCUCCACCAUGCUCUGCUGGAAAGAUCCUAAAGAGGACGCAGCUAUGGAUAGCUGGUUACUCGACGCAUAUACUAAGGCAGAUAAGGUAUCGUGUGGUGUAUACGUCGCUGAUUUUAACGAGAAGCACAGGAAGCCGAAGGUCAUGACAGACUCUGCUCUGAGGAAGUGGCUUGAGAUAAGGGACAAGUGGGAUCCUUCCGAGACUUUCAUUGGUCAUCGCGGGUUUAGUAGUGUUUUGGACAAGAGCGCUGGUGCUGGUAGCAAGCUAUAG